AUGGAAACAAUAGUGAAUUUAUCCGUGUCUGUGCUGCUGGUUUUAUGGGGAUGCGCGCACGGAGGCUCGCCCAGUGUCCAGAUCGGGGGACUCUUUCCCAGGGGCGCGGAUCAAGAGUACAGCGCAUUUCGGAUAGGCAUGGUUCAGUUUGGCACCUCGGAAUUCAGACUGACGCCCCACAUUGACAAUCUGGAAGUGGCGAACAGUUUUGCUGUUACCAACUGCUUCUGUUCACAGUUCUCAAGAGGAGUGUACGCCAUUUUCGGAUUCUACGACAAGAAGUCUGUGAACACCAUCACGUCAUUUUGUGGGACGCUCCACGUCUCCUUCAUCACUCCCAGCUUCCCUCUGGAUGGGAAUCAGCAGUUCAUCAUCCAGAUGAGGCCCGAUAUCAAGGGGCCCCUCCUCAGCCUUAUCGAGUACUACAAGUGGGACAAGUUUGCCUACCUGUACGACAGUGACCGAGGCCUAACAACACUUCAGGUUGUUCUGGACACAGCAGCAGAGAGGAAGUGGCAAGUGACGGCAAUCAACGUGGGGAACCUGAAAGACGAGAGGAAGGACGAGGCCUACCGCUCUCUGUUCCAAGAUUUGGAAAACAAGAAAGAGAGGAGGGUGAUCCUGGAUUGUGAACAGGACAAAGUCAAAGACAUCAUGGAGCAGGUCAUCACAAUUGGCAGACAUGUUAAAGGCUACCACUACAUUAUAGCCAAUCUGGGUUUCAUUGAUGGGGAUCUGACCAAAAUCCAGUAUGGCGGAGCCAACGUGUCAGGCUUUCAGAUUGUUGAUUUUGAGGAUCCUUUGGUGUCCAAGUUUGACCAGAGAUGGGAGGCCCUUGAAGAAAAGGAGUAUCCUGGUGCAGACAAUAAAAUAAAGUACACAUCAGCGUUGACCUACGACGCCGUGCAGGUGAUGACGGAAGCCUUCCGCUACCUGCACAAACAGCGCAUCGACUUCACCAGGAGAGCCAACAAUGGUGACUGCCUGGCCAAUCCCGCUGUUCCCUGGGCUCAGGGAGUGGAGAUCGAAAGAGCGCUGAAACAGGUGCGUGUGGAAGGCCUGACAGGAAACAUCCAGUUCGAUCAGCAUGGCAAGCGAGUCAACUACUCUGUGAACAUAAUGGAAUUAAAAACCAACGGUCCCGUAAAGAUUGGAUACUGGAAUGAAGUUGACAAAAUGGCUGUCACAAAAUCAGAUGUCUUUGCAAAUGACACAACAGGAAUGGAAAACAAAACAGUUAUUGUCACCACCAUCCUGGAAGCCCCGUAUGUAAUGCUGAAAAAGAACUCUGACCUUUUCGUAGACAAUGAGCGCUACGAGGGCUACUGUGUAGAUCUGGCUGCGGAGAUAGCGAAGCACUGCGGCUUCAAAUAUCAACUGAAAAUAGUGGGGGAUGGGAAAUAUGGGGCCAGAGAUGCAGAGACCAAAAUCUGGAAUGGGAUGGUUGGAGAGUUAGUGUACGGGAAAGCAGACAUUGCAGUGGCUCCUUUGACCAUCACGUUGGUCCGAGAGGAGGUGAUUGACUUCUCCAAACCCUUCAUGUCUCUGGGAAUCUCUAUCAUGAUAAAGAAGCCUCAGAAAUCCAAACCAGGAGUCUUCUCUUUCCUGGACCCGCUGGCCUACGAGAUCUGGAUGUGUAUCGUUUUUGCCUACAUCGGUGUCAGCGUGGUGCUGUUCCUCGUCAGCCGCUUCAGCCCGUAUGAGUGGCACACUGAGGAAUAUGAGGAUGGGCAGAUCCAGACCAAUGAGUCGACUAACGAGUUUGGCAUAUUCAACAGCCUCUGGUUCUCCCUUGGAGCCUUCAUGCGCCAAGGCUGUGACAUCUCACCUAGAUCUCUGUCUGGACGCAUUGUUGGUGGCGUUUGGUGGUUCUUCACUUUAAUCAUCAUCUCCUCCUACACCGCUAACCUGGCUGCUUUCCUAACUGUCGAGAGGAUGGUCUCUCCCAUUGAAAGUGCAGAAGACCUGGCCAAACAGACUGAGAUAGCCUAUGGGACCCUGGACUCUGGGUCUACCAAAGAGUUUUUCAGGCGCUCAAAAAUUGCCCUCUUUGACAAAAUGUGGACAUACAUGCGCAGUGCGGAGCCCUCUGUGUUUGUGAAAACCACAGCCGAAGGGGUUGUGAGGGUCCGCAAGUCCAAGGGGAAGUAUGCCUAUCUGCUGGAGUCCACCAUGAAUGAGUACAUCGAGCAGCGAAAACCCUGCGACACCAUGAAGGUGGGAGGCAACCUGGACUCCAAAGGCUACGGGAUCGCCACGCCGAAAGGAUCCUCAUUAAGAAAUGCGGUUAACCUCGCAGUACUAAAACUGAAUGAGCAAGGCCUGUUGGACAAAUUGAAAAACAAAUGGUGGUACGACAAAGGAGAGUGCGGCAGGGGAGGUGAUUCCAAGGAGAAGACGAGCGCCCUCAGCCUGAGCAACGUGGCUGGGGUCUUCUACAUUCUGGUCGGAGGACUCGGUUUGGCCAUGCUGGUGGCCUUGAUUGAGUUCUGUUACAAGUCCCGAGCCGAGGCGAAACGAAUGAAGAUGACCUUUGGGGACGCCAUGAGGAACAAAGCAAGACUUUCCGUCACUGGGAGUACUGGGGAGAAUGGUCGGGUGAUGACUCCAGAGUUUCCUAAAGCUGUCCACGCUGUCCCGUACCCGAGACCUGACAUGGGACUAAACGUCAGCCUAACAGAUCUGUCCUGA